AACAACAGUAUAUUGAUAUUCGUAUGAAUUUGAUAUCAUUAAAUAAAUCAUCUAAGAUCAUUGAUUUGCCUCAUCAGUUCUUGUUUUGUCAGUUGUAGUUAUGGGAAGAAGUUGCAAUCUUCUCUUUGCUUUUGUGGUUUUCAUUCUACUCCAUACUUCACUCUCUUCUGUUCCCAAUAUUAGUACUGAUGAAGCUGCUCUUCUUGCCUUCAAAUCUCACAUUUCUUCUUUCGCUCCUAACAAUAUCUUAGCAACCAACUGGUCUUCUUCCAGACCAGUUUGCAGCUGGAUUGGCAUCACUUGCAGCUCCCGACACCAUAGAGUCACAGCUUUAGACAUUUCUAACAUGCAACUUUAUGGUAUCAUUCCUCCACACCUUGGAAACCUCUCAUUUCUUGUCUCCCUUGACAUCAGUGACAACACAUUCCAUGGGAAUUUGCCACAAGAGUUGGCUCAUUUGCAGAGGUUGAAACUGAUUAAUGUCACAAGCAAUAACUUCACGGGUGCCAUUCCAUCAUUUUUAAGUUUGUCACCUAACCUUCGCAUUGUUCUCCUUUCGGACAAUCAAUUUUCUGGGGAAGUUCCAUCUUCCCUUUCUAAUCUAACAAAGCUGGAAGUGUUGGCCAUACAGGGAAAUUUUUUAGUAGGAGAGAUCCCUCAAGAGCUCGGUGAUCUUCGUUACAUGACUGCUUUAAACAUGGAAAGUAACCACCUUACUGGCUCUAUACCACCAUCAAUAUUUAACAGUACAACCAUGCGAGUCAUUGCUCUGACCAACAACAAUCUUACUGGUGAACUUCCAACAACUAUAUGUGAUCAUCUUCCAAACUUGGUAGGGCUUUACCUCUCAAGAAAUGACCUAGAUGGCGUUAUUCCACCAACCUUGGAGAAAUGCAGAAAGCUUCAAAUCCUGUCAUUAUCUAUCAAUGAGUUCAGUGGAACUGUACCCAGAGAGUUAGCCAACUUAACAUCUCUUACAGGAUUAUAUCUUGGAGAACAACAUUUAGGAGGAGAGAUACCAGAGGAGCUAGGUAAUCUGAAGAACCUACAAGUGCUGUCAUUAUACCACAGUGAGUUUACUGGUUCAGUCCCUGCAAACAUUUUCAACAUGUCAGCACUACAGAACUUAGCACUUGAAGCAAACAGUCUUUCAGGUACUCUACCUUCAGAAUUAGGCCGUGGGAUGCCUCGCAUAGAAAAAUUUAACUGUGCAGAUAAUUAUUUGAGUGGUUUUAUCCCUGCUUCUAUCUCAAAUUUUACAAGACUCAAUGGACUUGAUUUCGGAAUCAAUAGUUUCAUAGGUCCAAUUCCUGAAUCAAUUGGUAACAUACAAUACCUUGAGCUUCUGGACUUGGCGGCAAAUAAUUUUUCCAGCGAUUCGACAUUGAGCUUCCUUGCAUCUUUGACAAACUGUAGGAAAAUAAGAGUAAUCAGAUUUGGUUGGAAUCCACUAGAUGGGGUUUUUCCUGCAUCAGUUGAGAAUUUCUCUGACUCACUGCAAAUUUUUGAUGGAUCGAAUUGUAAAAUGAAGGGCAUCAUUCCUGAAGAAAUUGGUAAUCUUACUACGCUGGCAAUUAUGAAUUUGGAUAACAAUGAGUUUACUGGUCAAGUGGUCAUAUUCCAAAAACCAUCCAAGGCUUGCGGAACCUUCAAGAACUUAACUUAG